GGGCGUACCACCGCCGCUUUUCCCGAAGAGACCAGGCAUACCCCCCCCUCUUUCUAUCCAUACACUCCCCGUCCGAUAUUCUACGGCCCCUCCUCAUCAUCACCACCAACAUCCAGCGACCCUCCAUGCCUCUGCUGCUGUCUCGGCCCGCGUCACCCUAAAGGCGACCCGCAAUUCGCUACCGACCGACGGGACUGCUGUAUCUGGCGACUGCUUGCGCACCGACACGGCAUUAUCGUAAUGCACCUGAUCCUCUUCCUGCUCUCGCUGAUCGCGUACGGGCUCUUCUUCGGCGCCAUGUUCUGGGACGACUUUGACACGGGUCGAAGCACGAACGGGAGUUAUUACGACGAGGAUUGCGCAAACCGCGCCCGCGGAAUCAUGAUCCUCGCCGCGAUCGUCCUGUGGAUCGUCACCGUCGGCAUCUGGAUCUGGCUGUGCGUCUGGAACGCUAUUCGCAGGAGGAGGGCCGCCCGCGCAGCGGCGAAGUGUGAGGUGCCCAUGCAGACGCAGCAGCAGCAGCAGCAGCAGGUGCGCCCGUCGGGUCUGGUGAGCGCUCAUGCUGGUGCUGACGGCGCUGCAGACUGGGCUACAAACUGGUCCAGUGAUAGCGAGAGAAUCUGGGCUGGUGGAAGGGAGGGUGGAAAGCCGGCCGUCCCAACGCAGGUUUGA